AUGAAGUCCUCUUUGUUUUAUCUCACCUUCGGGCUUGUCCCGGCUAUCCUGGCGGCACCCGGAAAGCCUGGCUCAUCUUAUGACGCGAGCGGUUCACGCCAUCGCUGUGGUGUUGUUCCGUUUCACGGCACGAGUGAAGUUUGGAUGGUUCCUUCCAAGGAGAGUGGUUGGAUACUGCCUAAAGGUGGAUUGGAUGUUCAGGACGGCGGCGACUGGGAAACUUGUGUAAGGCGCGAGGCUAGGGAGGAGGGUGGGUUUACGCUCGGCCCCGUUGAAUACCUUGGUACCUUUGGCGACAUCGUUUGGUAUAAAGGCACGGUGACACAUAAAAGCGAUCCUACGGACCCAGAGGUUAAGGCUCGGGGACCCGCAAAACAUUUCACAAUCUCCGAUGCAAGGGGAUAUUUGACAGGGUAUGGAAAGAAGAAGGACGCCAUGCUAGAGGCCCUUAAUGCCGCCACCCGAGGAUAG